UGGCAGCUCCCAUGGAAAAGUAACUGGCUUGAUCACGAGUUUUUAUUAUGCUAAAAAACUUGAAGAAAGUAAUACAAAAACAAGUUUAUGAUAUUUUGUCACACAAAUAUGGGAUUUUUAUGGUUAUUGCAGCAGCUGUCAUCCUGAUAGUGGCGACAUUACACUUCGGAGAGACAGUGUUAGAGUGGAGUCAUGAGAAAUAUGCUGCUGUGUUUAAUUCCUACAGUGACAACAUUGCUGGCAGAUCAUUCCGCACCAGACUGUGCACACCUUUACCCAUUGAUAUUGUCUACACCUGGGUAAAUGGGACUGAUCCCCGACUUCUAAAUAAGCUACGGGCCUUCAAAAUGGGUCUGGAAAAAGAACACAACAUUACAAAGGAGGAGAAGUGUGUGUUUGCUAACUGCUUGGCCACAAAUAUGUUGGUACUGGACCCUAUCCUUCCACAAGGAACCACCCUGGAGGAUCUCGCCAGCAUCAAAUCGGAAUUCUCUCUGGCUUCAAAGACCUUCACAGUGACCUCCCCUUCCAUCUCAAACCUCAACUUUACAGUGGUUGAGUUCACUCAGAAAGAACCCGUGCUUUCAUUGAUGAACCAUACUUUAAUUAUUGGAAAACAGAACUUCACAAUGACCAGGGGAUACUAUACCAGUGACUGGACAGUCCACAACAGUAUCCUUAUGUCUGACACUGUCAUUAUGGCAGGGUUCCCUUCCAAAUACUCAGCUGAUGAACUCAAGGAGAAACUGCCGGAAAAAGCCAGAGAGGGGAUAGACAAGAUCACCAUUGAUACAGACUCAGGCCUGGCUGUCUUGUACGUUCCAGACAAAAAGUCAUUCGAUAUCCUAGUUACAGCACAGAACAUUUCUAUUGACGGUAAAAAGCCCACCCUCAAUGCAGCAAACCUUGUUUGGGACCUCAGAGAUUUCAGUCGAGAUGAGGAUAUCUCGAGCAGUAGAUUUGAGGACAAUGACGAGUUGAGAUACUCCCUGAGAUCGGUGGAGAAGUUUGCUCCCUGGAUCAGACAUGUCUUCAUCGUCACUAACGGACAGAUUCCCCAUUGGCUGGAUCUGGAAAAUCCCAGGGUUACCGUAGUAACACACGAGGAUAUAUUUCCCAAUAAGAGCCACCUUCCCACCUUCAGUUCCCCAGCUAUUGAGGCUAACAUUCACAGGAUUCCUGGCCUGUCUAAGAAGUUUAUCUACAUGAAUGACGACGUAAUGUUUGGUAAGGAGGUGUGGCCAGAGGAUUUCUUCACCCAGGCCACAGGACAGCGGGUGUACCUGACCUGGCCCAUUCCCAGCUGUCAGGAGGGCUGCCCCUCCACGUGGAUCAAUGAUGGCUACUGUGACAAAGCCUGUAAUAAUUCAGAGUGUGACUUCGACGGAGGAGAUUGUGAAGGAGAGAAAGCUCAUCAGGGAGGGGGAGGGGUACAGUGGCCGGGGUAUGGAUACAGUGCUGAGAGUGAAAACAAGUACUGUAACAAGGGUUGUGCCACCUCCUGGUUGCAAUUUAAUGACAUACAUAGUUCAUGUAAUGUACACAAUUGUGGUUAUGAUGUUGGAGAUUGUGGUGUGCUUAACUAUAAAGAUUUAUAUGAGAUUAAACUGUACAGAAAUACAACAAAGUAUGCUGUCCCGCCAGCCUCGGUAGCCAACAAGUUCAAGGUCAUUACUAUUCUGCUGUACAGUGACCACAACAGGACAGUUGUUCAUUUCAACCUGAAAGGUCACACAGGAAAUGACACCAAUACAUUUAAUUUAACCUUCACCCUGAUGACAGACACAAAGCAGAGAAAGUCAGCAGAGAUUUUACAGAAAAUCGCUAAUAAUACUCAAACCAACAUUACAACCACAGAAAAACCUUAUAUCUAUGAUAUACCUAAACACAAAAGAGGCCCCAAAAAGCCAGUAGAUGUAGAAAAGAUUCCCAUGGUGCCUCAGUUGGUUAACCUCAGUGCUGAACCAAUGCCAGAGGAACUGCUAGAGGAAUGGAAAUCCAUUAACCAGGAACUGGAAAAUGGGGAGAUUACUGAGAAGGGAUUUCAACUCAAGCAAAGUCUAUUGUGGAAAAAAUACCAGAGAUAUUUGGAGGAAUCAAAGCAAGGAAGCAUCCAGAGGCGGAGUCUCCUGUCAGUGAUCAGAAUGAGGCAGCCAAUCAGAGACGUCGUUCAGACAGAGGGUGACCUUGAUGAUGUAAUCAGAAUGGGGAGUGAACCAGAGAGUAACCUCCCCUGGGAAAGACUUGGUGUAUUCAGAAAACUGAUACAGGAGAAAGAAAACCAAAACGCAAUGGAUGCCUACACGGUGCCAGUGUUCCGAGGUCGUCAACUUCUGGAUACGUUUGGGGAUUCCCUGAGACAUGUCAAUCGUCUGUAUAACAAAGCCUUCGGUUACACGGCUAGGAAGGUCCCAGGUCACAUGCCACACAUGGUGGAUAAAGACAUCAUGAAUGAACUCCAUGAAAGGUUUCCAGCUGAGUUUGAGGUCACCUCCUCCAAUAAGAUCCGCAGCAGAAAUGACAUGCAGUUUGCAUUUUCUUACUUCUAUUAUCUGAUGGGGGUCACAAGAAAUAGAACUGCUGAGGAGAUAUUUGAAGAAUUAGACACAGACAAAUCAGGGAUACUGUCUGAUAGAGAGAUCAGAACCUUGGCUGCCAGAGUAAAUGAACUACCUCUAGAACUCAAGAUGUUGACCAACUUGGAAGAGCUGUUUAUCAACUGUAGUCAGUCCCCCAAUGUCACAGAACAGGAAAUUACCAAACAGGAAGUUAACCAUCAGGAAGCAGAGGAAUACUAUGACAAGAGAAUGCCUCAAGUCACAAGGUUGUUGUUUACUCAGUGUGAAGGGGUCAAGGACUUGGUGCAGAAAAAAUUCCCCCCAGUCAACAAGUACAAGUACACAACAGAUGAAGAUAGUGAAAUAGCAUUUAAAAUGAUCAAAACUAACAGUUCCACCACAGUGGGGCAACUCGAUGAUAUACGCAAAAAUCCAAAAAAGUUUAUUUGCUUGAAUGACAACAUUGACCAUGAUAGUGACGAUGCAAAAACAGUGAAGGCAAUACUCCAGGAUUUUUACGAGGCCCUGUUCCCGCUGCGGUGUCAGUUUGAGCUGCCGCGGGAAUACAGAAACCGCUUUAUGCAUGUGGAUGAACUGCGGGAGUGGAAGGUGUACCGUGAUUGGAUGAGGCUGCUAACGCACCUAUCCCUAGUAUUACUCAUUCUUUUUAUGAUCUCUUCUUAUUUUUAUGAGCAGAUUGAGGCCUGUUAUAGGAAAUAUUGCAGGCGGCGAGUCCGAACUCCCUCCGACAGUUCCGUAUCAAGCUCCCCCGGGACCCUGAUCACCGUUUGACGGUGGCUGCUCUGGCUGAUUACGCCAGAUGUUUUAAUGGUGCUCCUGUUUGUGACCAUGUUUUUGCUGGUCUGUCUGUUUGUGGCAGAGAAUAGGAUGUUUGGUUGAGAGGAUGUUCCUUCUCUUACUGCUUGUUGAUCUCACACAGAAACAUAUCAUUAUGGAUUUAUGUGGACAGAAGAAAAUCUCCUUAAAGAUUGUAUGCAAUAUGUAAUGCUUCUUAUCUGUGUCUGAAUGUGUAAGGUUUGUCCAGAAAGGGGGGAGAGUUAAGCAAGCAUGAUAGGGGAACUUAGUGAUGUAGAGCGCCUUUAAAACUGAAAGUAAUCAACCAGAGCGAGACAUUUAGUGAUAUUUUAUUAUUGUAUAUGAAACUGUGUAUUAUUUUUUAUACCCCGCCAUGGAUAUGGCCGGGGCAUAUAGUGUUUGUCAUGUCCGUCUUCCGUCCUUCUGUCUGUCCUUUCGUCACACUUUACAUUUAGCUCAGUUCAAAGCUCAGUUUCAAAGAAAGUAUCUGAAAUAUUUUCAUCAAACUUCAUAUGCUGAUGGAUAUUGAUGAGAGCUAUGCAACUGCAUCAAUUUUUUGUUACCUUGAUCUCUCCUUUGACCUUGACCUGACUUUUCUUAAAUUAGAUUUUAGCUCAGUUUUAAAUAUACCAUUCAAGAUCAUGGUAUUAUCAAACUUCAUAUGUUGAUGUAUACUGACGAGAGCUAUUCAACUGCCUGACCAUUUUUGACCUUGACCUUUCCUUUGAUCUUGACCACACGUCUCAAAUUAGUGUUUAGCUCAGUUUUAAAGAAACCAUCCAAGAUAUUUUUAUCAAACUUCAUAUGCUGAUAGAUAUGAUGAGAGCUUUUAAACUGCAUCAGCAUUUUUUACCUUGACAUUUACUUUGACCUCACUCUUAUCAAAUUAUGUUUAUGUCAGUUUUUAAAGAAACCAUUCAUAAUUUUUAUUUUCAACUGCAUCAACAUUUUUUGACUUUGGCCUUUCCUUUGACUUGACCUGACGUUUCCUAAAUUAGUGUCGAACUAUAUAUGGUGAUACAUACUAAUGUAAACAAUUCAACUGCAUCAACAUUUUUUACCUUGACCUUUCAUUUGACUUUGACCUCACUUUUAUCAAAUCGUGUUCCAUUUUAAAGAAACCAUUUAUAUUUUUUUCCUUUGACUUAGACCUCACUUUUGUGAAAUUAGACUCAAACAUAAUAUUGUGAUGCAUACUGAUGUAAGCAAUUCAACUGCAUCACUAUAUUUUCAAGAUAUUCUGAUCAAAUUUCAUACACUAAUACAAAUUUUUAUGUCGUAUUACUAAUAUUCUCUCGGCAGGGCAUUCAUGUCCUAUGGACAUAUUUCUAUUUUUGUCAUGUUUUUAUUUGUAUACAUAAUUGUAUAUUUAUUACUUUGCUAGAUUAAUAUGUCUCUUCUGCUAUGUAUUAUGUACACACAUUAUGACACAAUGCAAAAACUUUGUUUAUUUUAAUGGUGAAGAUAUUUCAUAGCAUUUAAAUCUCGUGGAUAAAAAUAUCUGCUGAUGCUAUUAUUUUUCCUUUGAGUGUGAGUGUAGAGAUUUUUUAGGUCAGGAAAAGGUAUUGACUAUUGUGUACUCAUGAAAUUGACUGCAAAUAUUAGUCAGUUAACAUGUAUGUAUUGUUAAUUAUGUAGAUAACUCCAUAUUCUAGGUUUGAUUCACUUGAAUUCAUUCAUGAAUGAGAUUUCACUACAAACAUCCAUAGCAUUGUAACAAAUCUUACAUCAUGUUCCUUUUUGAUAACAUGGUUAUAAUAUGUCACUUUGUUUAAAUGGGAAAGGUUUAUUGUUUUUUUAUUUCAAUAUUUGAACAAGAACAACUUAAAGGUAGUUUUUGUUAUUGUGCAUUAUUACAAACAUUUGUCAUUUAUCAACCAAUACAAUCAUUCCAUAACAAUUUUCAUUCAGUGCAUCAUCAAUUUUCCACUAAUUGCCCUCAAUAUGAAUUUAAUGAUUUGGAACAAUGACAAAUUUUGAUUUGCCUUGUGAAGUUCUUGACAUGUAAGCGUUUCAUAAUAAACUGUGACCAGUCUGCAUGUCGACAGAGGAAAUGUGGGGGCCAUAUUGGAAAACCCUCAUUGUUAACAAGUGCUUGAGGUCAGCCAUUGUUUCGUGUAAACUUGUUGCUGUUUUUUUUUGUUGAUUUCCUGCGCCUUGUAAUACAUUCCAAAUGUGGCAGAUUUUAGUACCUGUUGAUUCAGCAGACAUGUUGGCAUGAAUAUUUUUAGCUCACCUGAGCCGAAGGCUCAAGUGAGCUUUUCUGAUCACAUUUUGUCCAUAGUCCGUCCGUCUGUCUGUCUGUCUGUAAACUUUUCACAUUUUCAACUUCUCAAGAACCACUAGGCCAAUUUUAACCAAACUUGGUACAAAACAUCCUUGGGGGAUGGGGAGUUAAAAUUGAUAAAAUAAAGGGCCAGAUCCCCUUCCAAGGGGAGAUAAUCAAGAAAAGACAAAAAUAGGGUGGGAUCAUUAAAAAAUCUUCUUCUCAAGAACCACUGGGCCAGGAAAGCUGAAACUUAUGUGGAAGCAUCCUGGGAUAGUGUAGAUUCUAAAUUGUUAAAAUCAUGCAACCCGGGGGUAGGGCGGGGCCACAAUAGGAAAUCCAAGUUUUACAUAGAAAUAUAUAGGAUAAAUCUUUAAAAAUCUUCUUUUCAAGAACCACUGGGCCAGAAAAGCUGAAACAUAUGUGGAAGCAUCCUGGGGUUGUGUAGAUUCUAAAUUGUUAAAAUCAUGACCCCCGGGGGUAGGGCGGGGCCACAAUAGGAAAUCCAAGUUUUACAUAGAAAUUUAUAGGAAAAAUCUUUAAAAAUCUUCUUCUCAAGAACCACUGUGCCAGAAAAGCUGAAACUUAUGUGAAAGCAUCUUGGGGUAGUGUAGAAUCUUAAUUGUUAAAAUCCUGACCCCCGGGUUAGGGCGGGGCCACAAUAUGAAAUCCAAUUUUUACAUAGAAAUAUAUUGGAAAAAACUUUAAAAAUCUUCUUCUCAAGAACCAGUGGGCCAGGAAAGCUGAAACUUAGGUGGAAGCAUCCUGGGGCAGUGUAGAAUCUAAG